AUGAAGCAAUCCAGGGGAACAAAUGCACCUUCAGCUACAUGGAAAGAGUUCAAAAUGGCAUUCCUUGACCAUUACCUGCCAUUGGAGAUCCGAGAGUCCCGUGCUUAUCAGUGCUUAAAUCUCCACCAAGGAAGUAUGAGCGUGAGAGAGUACAGUCUCAAAUUUGAUUCCUUGGUCAGGUAUGAGCGUGAGAGAGUACAUCGAUAUGUGGAUAGAUUAUAUUCAUAUCUGGUUAGAGACUGUACCAUUGUUUCGUUGAAUAAAGUUAUGGAUAUAGCAAGAAUGCAAACUUUUGCGCAAAAGUUGGAGGAUCAAAGGCAAAGAAGAAGGACACAAGAGUCAGAAAUAGGGCAUUCUAAGAGGCCCAGAUCCAUGGGACAGCUUACACCAUCCCAAGGUCAUAUGAUGAGAAAUUGUCCUCAGAGGGGUGUUGGUGCUGUGGCACAACCUACUAGAUCAGUUGUUGCAUCCUCGUCAUCAGCACCUUCUUUAGGUAGAGGACAGAUGCCUACUGGUCGUGGUAGAGGAGCUAGGGGAGCAACUAGUUCUAGUGGAGGUUCGACAAAUUUGGAAGCCUCGUCGGAUGUGGUUACAGGUACAUUGUCCAUCUUUUCACAUAUUGUAUAUGUAUUAAUUGAUCCAGGGGCUACACUAUCACAUGUAACUCCAUUGAUUGCUGAAACGUUCAGAAGAACACCAGAAUCAUUAGUGAAGCCAUUUGAAGUGUCUACACCGAUUGGUGAAUCUAUUAUAGCUAGAAGGGUUUAUCGUAAUUGCAUUGUAACUGUUUGUGAUCGUGAUACAUUGGCUGACCUUGUUGAGCUAGAAAUGGUGGAUUUUGAUGUUAUAAUGGGAUGGAUUAAUCGGUUAGCUUCUUGUUAUGCCAUGGUAGAUUACCGAACUAAGAUGCUGCAUUUACAUUUCCCAAAAGAGGUUGUCCUUGAAUGGAAAGGUAAUAUUGGGACACCAAGAGGUAAAUUUAUUUCCUAUUUUAAGGCAAAGAAGAUGAUGUCCAAAGGAUACAUAUGUCAUCUAGUGAGAGUGAGAAAUAUAGAUGUGGAGCCACCAACUCUUCAAUCUAUUCCAGUGGUAAAUGAAUUUCCUGAAGAUCUUCCGGGUUUGCCUCCAGAACCAGAAAUAGAGUUUGGUAUUGAUGUGAUUCCAGAUACUCAACCUAUAUCCAUCCCUCCAUAUAGAAUGGCCUCGGCAGAAUUACGGGAGUUGAAGAAGCAAUUAAAAGACUUAUUAGAAAACGGAUUCCUAAGGCCUAGUAUGUCCCCAUGGGGAGCACCAGUUUUAUUUGUACGCAAGAAAGAUGGCUCCUUAAGAAUGAGUAUCGAUUACCGGCAGUUGAAUAAGGUAACGAUUAAGAACAAUUAUCCCCUCCCUAGAAUUGCUGAUUUGUUUGAUCAGUUACAAGCUGCUAGGUGUUUUUCAAAAAUCGACCUGAGGUCAGGUUAUCACCAAGUGAGGGUCAAAGACGAAGAUAUACCCAAGACAGCUUUCCGAACACGAUAUGGUCAUUUUGAGUUUGUAGUCAUGUCAUUCGGACUAACGAAUGCACCUGCAGUUUUUAUGGAUUUGAUGAAUAGGGUGUUCAAGCCAUUUUUAGAUGUAUUCGUGAUAGUAAUCAUAGAUGACAAUUUGGUGUAUUCAAUAUCGGAAGAGGACCAUGCUAAUCACCUACGACAGGUUUUACAAAUUCUUCGUGAUCGUAAAUUGUAUGCAAAGUUCUCUAAAUGUGAGUUCUGGUUUAAAUCUGUGGCAUUCCUAUGUCAUGUUGUAUCCGAUGAACGAAUAAGGGUUGAUAAUCAGAAGAUAGAAGGCGUGAAAAAUUGGCCAAGACCUACAAUGCCUACGGAGAUUCGUAGUUAUUGGCAGGUUAUUACAGAAGGUUCGUUGAAGGAUUCUCUUCCAUUGCUGCACCUUUAA